CACAAGACCAGUCAGCUGAAUUUCGGUGCUGUCGCAUUAGUGUGAAAAGACACUCGUAAUUUAAAUAUAUUUUUUCCUAGAUAUUUCGAUUGAAAUUGUGUGCAAACGCGCGCAAAACUACAAAUAUAUCGCAUCACCCUCGACACGCCAAAAAACAGCCAACAAAAUGACAACCGCACUGUAUCUGCCCGAGGAAAACAUUGAUAUGAUUGCUGCUACUUCGGUGCUGCAGCAACAGGCCGCCGAUAUACGCACCAAGUCCAUCAACUGGGCCUCGUACAUGCAGUCGCAGAUGAUCAGCCAGGAGGAUUAUCAGACGAUUAGCGCAUUGGAUAAAUCGCGCGCCACCUUUUUGGCCCAAAAUUCGACGCAGGUGGUGAAGACGAUGCUGAAUCUGGUCUCGCACCUGUCCAAGGACUCGACCAUUCAGUAUAUACUCGUGCUGCUCGACGAUCUGCUUCAGGAGGAUCGCUCACGUGUCGAUCAAUUCCACGAGACAUCCGCCAAGAUAAAGCAGUGCGUCUGGGGUCCAUUCCUCAACUUGCUGAAUCGCCAGGAUGGCUUCAUUGUUAACAUGUCGUCGCGCAUCUUGGCCAAGUUCGCCUGCUGGGGCCAUGAGACAAUGCCCAAGUCGGACCUCAACUUCUACUUGCAGUUCCUCAAGGAUCAGUUGGCCAGCAAUAGCACUGCCUAUCUGCAAGAGAUGGCCCAGCUGGCCAAGCGGGCGCAAACGAUCGUUGUGCACUCGCAUGGACAGCAUGGCAAAGAUCAUCAUGGCAACCAGUACAGUCCCAAUCUGGUCCAGCUGCAGCAGCGCCACGAUCUGGCCAAUGAGAGUUACCGCAUAGUACGCUCCUCCGCCGUCGAUCAGCAGCAGGAUGGCAAAUGUGUUAUACCGAACAACGAGUAUAUCCAGUCCGUGGCACGCUGCCUGCAGAUGAUGCUGCGCGUGGAUGAGUAUCGCUUCGCGUUCGUCAGCGUCGAUGGCAUCAGCACCUUGAUACGCAUCCUGUCGACGCGUGUCAACUUCCAGGUGCAAUACCAGCUGAUCUUCUGCCUGUGGGUGCUGACCUUCAAUCCCCUGUUGGCUGCCAAGAUGAACAAGUUCAGCGUCAUACCCAUAUUGGCUGAUAUCUUGAGCGACUGUGCCAAGGAGAAGGUCACUCGCAUCAUUUUGGCCGUUUUCCGCAAUCUGAUUGAGAAGCCCGAGGAUGCGUCCGUGGCCAAGGAUCAUUGUAUUGCCAUGGUGCAGUGCAAGGUGUUGAAGCAGCUGUCGAUUUUGGAGCAGCGUCGCUUCGAUGACGAGGACAUUACAGCCGACGUGGAGUAUCUGAGCGAGAAGCUGCAGAAUUCCGUACAGGACCUGAGCUCCUUUGACGAGUAUGCCACCGAGGUGCGCAGCGGCCGCCUUGAAUGGUCGCCCGUCCACAAAUCGGCCAAGUUCUGGCGCGAGAACGCUCAACGCCUCAACGAGAAGAACUACGAACUGCUGCGCAUAUUGGUACAUCUGCUGGAGACCUCGAAGGAUGCCAUUAUUCUGUCCGUUGCCUGUUUCGAUAUUGGAGAGUAUGUGCGUCAUUAUCCACGCGGCAAGCAUGUGCUGGAACAGUUGGGUGGCAAACAGAUUGUUAUGCAGCAUCUGGGUCACGAGGAUCCCAAUGUGCGCUACGAGGCUCUGCUCGCUGUCCAAAAACUGAUGGUACACAACUGGGAAUACCUGGGCAAGCAGCUGGAGAAGGAGAACGAGAACCAAAAGCAAGGCGCAGCUCCCAUUGCUGGCAAGGCCUAAAGGACCGAUACCCCGCUCACCAGCUACACCAUGUACAACUGAUAGCCAAGUGGGUCGCCAGCUUGUUUUCGACAACUUAACUAACAAUAAGAGUUGGGGGCGUGUGUCUUCCACCGCCAACUCCCACGCCCAUUAACAAAAUAUCGUUUUAUUUCUUGCUACCGUUUAAGCGCAUAUUUCUUUGUCCUAAUCAGUAAACUAAGUUCCAUAGCGAAUCUAUUGACGAUUCCAGAUGGCGCCAGCGUUCGUUAUAACUAAUUAAUUGUUGCUCUUUUGUUGGCAUUCCGCACCACUAGAGAGAUACGUAGAUGAGAGUGAGAGUUAAUUAGACAAACGGAAAAUAUAUACACAUACACACACACAAACACUCACUCACAGCGAGUAAAUCUUACAAUUUGUUUUUGUCUGUUUUGUUUAUGUUCGUUACUAUCGUUUUAAAUAUUCUACUUUGCGCUGUGCUGUACAGAGUUUUUCUCAAGAUUUCUUCAAUCAAGUCUAAAUAGUAAAUUGUAUUAUAUAUUAACGCAUCGGCGCACAUGUACAACCAACCUAUCAAGUAUUUCUUUUCAUUAAA